CAUUCAGUACUGUUUCAACGCUUUAAGAAAGCCAGAAGAGACCUUUAAAUGUAUUUAGUAGGCAACCUGUCCACAUAUCCAGAUGGAGUGCGUCAUGAGCAGCGCGCGAGAGGAUGCGCGCACGGGCAUAAGUGGAGACAUCAGUGCGCAAUGCCUGUGAGGAGGAUGCUGAAAUCGACCUAAGUGCCAGGGAUACCGUAGGAUUUCACAGAUUUAUUUUCGUACAGAAUGAAAAGGAAAUGAUUGUUUAAACUUAUCAGCAGCCUCCAGCUCUGCGUUUUCGCCAUGGUGGAGUUGGAUCCUGUUGUUUGGAACUUUACGCUCAAAUUGGACAAUGGAUCAAACACUAAUGAGAAUGUAUCUGGAUAUUCAGGUGAUGAUUAUUAUAAUAUUGUUCACCUAACGGAAACCAAAAUCCUUCCCGCGUUUGUUGGAUUUCUGUGCUCCACUGGACUUGUUGGAAAUGUUCUCGUCCUGGUCACUAUUUUAAGGUCAGCCAAAAAGACAGUACCAGAUGUGUAUGUGGGUAACUUGGCUGUAGCCGACCUGGUUCACGUGACCGUCAUGCCCUUUCUGAUUCACCAGUGGGCACGUGGAGGACACUGGGUCUUUGGCAGCACCCUCUGCAAAAUCAUCACCUCUCUGGAUAACUGCAACCAGGUGGCAUGUGCUGCAGUCAUGACUGCUAUGAGUCUGGACAGAUACCUGGCCCUUGUUCAUCCAUUUCGCCUGUUGAGCCUCAGAACCAGAUCGAGGACAAUUCGUAUUAACCUCUUCGUAUGGGCGGCCUCCCUCUUAAUGGUUUUCCCAGCCUGGAUCCACUCCAAAGUGAUCCGCUUUAGGGAUGGACUGGAGAGCUGCUCACUGAACCUGGUCUCUCCUAAAGAGGUGCUCUGGUACACACUCUACCAAACCGUGACCUCUUUCUUUCUGCCAUUACCUCUAAUUUUCACCUGCUAUAUACUGAUUCUGUGUUACACCUGGAAGAUGUAUCGCAAGAAUAAAAAGGCUCACAGGUAUAGCACUAGCCUGCCUCGAGAACGUAUCGUCCGCCUCACUAAAAUGGUUCUAGUUCUUGUGGCUGUUUUCCUGGUCAGUGUCGGGCCCUACCACGUGCUCCAGCUUGUUAACCUGAGUGUACCUCGUCCAUCAUUAGCAUACCAUACCUGCUACUACCUGUCGGUGUGCCUGAGCUACGCAGCCAGCAGUAUAAAUCCCUUCAUCUACAUUCUGUUUAGCGGACAUUUUCGCCACAGACUGGUUUGUCGGGACACACCCAGCAUGCCGAGUGUGGAACGGGAGAUUCAUCCACGCUCCAGUUUUUAAUCCCACAAUGAAACACAGUCAACACUCCAAAAAAGUAGCAGGUGCACAAAUGUUUUCUCGGGGCUGUUGCAAAGAAAGGGUAAAAAAGGAUGUUUAAAACGUGUGCAUGUUUAAUAUGCAUGGUUGCUCUUUUUGCAGCAGACCUAUGUUUUUAUGUUGCUUGGGUUUAUUGUGCAUUGUGAUGUUGUUGCUCCCUCUACUGUUUCUUUUGAGUAAUUGUUUUCACAGCAGCAUCCCUGCAUGUCAAGUUUGUUUUAAAUGUAAAGUUUUCAUAGUGCAUUAUUUUAUAGUGUGCACAAAGAAAAUAAACAUUUAAAAAUAUAAUAAUAUUAAUAGUGUUUAAGAACAAAUCAAUUAUUUAUGCCAUUGCUUACAAUCUACAAUCAAUGGUACAGUACUUUUAUAUUAUUAUUUAUAAGUUGUUUAGCAGUUUUCUCUAUUGUUCCAUACUUUUGUUCCAGUUUUUAAAAGAAAAAACUGUCUAAGAAUUCACUAUGUAAAGCUAACUGCAAAUGUACACUGCUGUAUGUUUUGAGGCGGUGAGGCACAAGAGUAUGUUUUCUUGGAUAACUGCAUUUUCAUGCUACAGACUGCACAAUCAUUUUUACAAACAAGAGAAAUAAUGUUGUUCAGGACUCAGAAAUCUUUUAUUAACAGUUUGGGAUUGUCUGGUCUGGUGUGUGAUGGACCUACAGUAAUAAUGAAGCUGAUGGCAUCUGAUCAGUAUAAAGUGUAAGGUCAUUGACUAUACAGGCAGAGAUUGAGGGGUCUGCUGCCAGCUUAGCUCAAAAAUUGGGAUCAAUAUUUAGACCAGACCAGAGACAGACAGGGCUCGCGUCUGACCUGAAGCAUGCCUGUCAGCAAUGGCUGGAAACUCAACCCCCAUGCUUGCCAAAAGGAAAAGACCAAUUCAUGCAUACAAAUACUUGUCAAUAACAGUGUUUCAGUGUCAACAUAGCCUGUUGUCACCAUGCAUUUCAACAGUAUUCGAUAAAAUAUUUCACAAACUGUUAUUGAAAGUGAUUCAGUGAAGCAAUACAUCGCAAUUGACCGAGUUUUGUUUUAUUUGCUGACAUGUUAAUUUAAUGUAAUCCUGUAUAGAUAAAAAGGUAAACAUUUUUGUCUCUGUUUAUAAUAUAGAGGCCUUAAGCCCAAGAUCCACACUAUGUUCCAUUCAACUUUUGUUAAAAAAAACCUCUUUUUUCUAAUUACCACAUUAUUCUGGACUAUGCAAGUGGUGACGGUCUGCUGUGGGCAGUCUGACAUUGUUUGACCUUGUUUGAAUUUGAUUCAUAUGGUAUACCUUGUUACUUCCACCCCAACUGUUUAGCAGCCUAACAACAAUGGUACUUGACCUAUUCUACUGCUCUUAGCACCAACACAAAUGUGAACUACAUUGUAAAUACGAACUAAAUGUAGAAAUGUAUUUCAUCUUAUGUUUUCUUGAAAUUUUUACUUGAAAUCCAUGUGUAUGUAUUAAUAUAAUUAGUAUUUGCUGUAGUAAAUUAAUUUAAAUACCUUAUUUAUUUCCAAUAGUGUUUAUGUACAGGUGAGAACUGAAUGCAUUUUUCCUAUUUAUUUCACUGUAAAAUAAAAAUCUACUUUCA